UGACGUUUCGAAACCAAUAUGGCGGCGCCCGUAGAUCACGUGUGCUAUUAUUAAUUUUUAUGUUUUGAAGUUAACUGCAAUUUUUGAAAAAAAUGUCAAAGAAUCAAAUAAUGCUGUGUUCUUCUUUACUGAAAGAACAUUUUGGAGAAAUAGUUCAGAAAGUUGCUAUUAUGCUUAAAAAAUAUGGCUCUCGACCAUUAAGAAUCAUUGCACAGGAAACUAUGUUGCCCUUAAGAAAGGUAAAACAGUCACUACGAGUCUUAAUCCAACAUGAUAUGGCAGAGUUUGAACUUAAUAAAAAAGGAUUUGUUGAAUAUACUGUAAAGUUAGAGAAUAUUUUACUCAUUCAUCGAUAUCCUCGAUAUAUUUACUGUGCUAAAACAUUUUAUGGUGACAUUGGUGAACUUCUUAUAGAAGAAAUAUUGAACAAUGGAAUGAUGACAAUGGAGGUAGUCAUUCAAAAAGUUUCUGAACGUUUAGCUGAAGCAACAGGAGAUGGAAAAGCUGAUAUUCCUAUUUCAUCUGUAAAGGAAAAAUUUAAUAAUUUAGUCCAGUCUCAUUUUAUUAAGAGAUGUCCAAUGACAGAAUGGGAAGAAAACUCUCUUGUCCCUAGCAUGUAUCUUCAAGAACAUGAAAUGUUUAGAAUUUGUGAACUAGAAAUUUAUGCACUCAAUGAAGCAAGUGAUGAUGAGGGAUUACCACCAGCAAAGAAAUUAAAAUUAAGAAACACUUCAACAAAAGAAACUGUCUAUUGGAGAGUUAAUUUUGAUAGAUUUCAUCAGUAUUUUAGGGAUCAAUGCAUUAUUAAAGCUGUGAUAUCACGAUUUGAUAACAAAACUGGAGACGUUGUAAGGGCAUUAUUACAUUUAGUUGAAACAAGAAGUAAUCCUUGGGUUGAAACAACUAAUCCUGUUCCUCGCCAUGAAUUAUUACAGAUGUUGAUAAAAGAGAGUAAUAUUACAGCAGAUGAAAUGGAUGCAUAUCUUGCAGUCUUAAUUGAUGAUUCAACAUCAUUUGUUUCAAGAGUAGAUGAGAGAGGUGGUGGAAUGUAUGUAGUUAAUAUUAAGAAAUCUUUGCAGAAAUUAUCAGAAGCCAUAGCUAUUUCAGUUGUUCAAGAUAAAUUUGGUUCUAAAUGCUGCAGAGUGUUUCGAUUUGUUACUAAAUUAUAUGAAAUACCACGUACUCCUGAUCAUGCACCUUCACGAACAUUUUAUUUGUUUCAUGUUGAUUUGGUUCAGCUAUGUCGAUCAUUAUUAGAUAGAUGCUACAAAGUCAUGUUUAAUUCGAUAUGUCAUAGAGAAUUUAUAAAUAGGGAACACAAAAGACUUUUAGAGAAAAAGCAGAGGGUGGAAGCAAUAACUGCAACCCUUCAACAGAGUGGUGCUGAUAGUACACAGAUUCAAGAAGUAUGUUAAUAAUGUAGAAUCAUAAAGACAGUAGAGCAUCGAUUAUCUGAAUCAAUUAGGGACUGGGGUUGUUCAGAAAAUCAAUUUUAUGGAUAAUCAAUUAUGUAUGAAAAAAUAUAUUAAUCUAUCUCAUGUUGAAAUUUGUUCAAAUCUUGGCACAUCCUGGUACCCUCUCAUGGUUGUGCCAGUGCUGCCAGCUAAAGCACGUGCACCAACAAAAAUAAUAUUGGAG